AUGGAGAAACCCCACCACGCAACCCGCCAGUCCUGGUGGUCCCGCCAAUCCGGCGCCCGCAAACUCUUCUACAUCGCCGUCCCCAUCGUCCUCCUAAUAGCUCUCGCGGUAGGCUUAGGUGUAGGUCUUACGCGCGGUGGGCGCGACGACGGAGAAGAGCCAGACACAACUCCUUCACCGACGCCCACAUCACCGCCCCGCAACGGCACAAUCUGGCAGCCCGCUGUCAACGAGACGUGGCAGAUUGUGCUGCUGAAGCCGCUCGAGCUCGCCGAAGAUGCUACGUCUAUUGAGCCAGACGUGUCAGUAUACGACAUCGAUCUGUUUACCAAUGAGGUUGGUGUGAUUGAGACGCUGCAUCGGCUGGGGAAGAGGGUCAUCUGCUAUUUCAGCGCCGGGUCAUAUGAGGACUAUCGGCCUGAUUCGGGGCAGUUCCAGCAGAGCGACAGAGGAGGGGAGCUGGACGGAUGGCCAGGAGAGUAUUGGCUGAACGUCAAUUCAGAGAAUGUGAGGAAUAUCAUGGUGGAGCGGAUGCGGUUGGCGAGUCAGAAGGGGUGUGAUGCUGUAGAUCCGGACAACAUUGAUGGCUAUGUAAGGCAGCAUUUCCAGCGCAUCAUCGCCGAGGCAAUUGGACUGACAACUGCGGAACAGAGCAACGAGAACGGUCUCGGAUUGACCCAACAAGACGCAAUCAACUAUAUGAUCUUCCUCUCGCAAGAGGCGACGAGGCUCAAUAUGUCUAUCGGCCUCAAAAACGCUGGCGAGAUCAUCCCUCAAGUGACCAAUGUCACGCACUUCUCCGUCAACGAGCAGUGCGUUGAGUACAGCGAAUGCGACACUUUUGCCGCGUUCGUGGAAGCUGGGAAGCCUGUCUUUCACAUCGAGUACCCCUCAGCCGCGCCGAGCGUCCAGACUAAUGUCGUUUCAAACAUCUGCUCUGGCAAUGGCGAUGCAGAGGGCGCCGAGCAGUUUAGCACUGUUUUGAAGAAGAUGGAUCUUGACGGAUGGGUCGAGUACUGUAAUGGUGAAACCUUCACCACCGGAAUAGCGGCUUGA